AACAGACGCGGUGGUGAGACGGAAGUGAUGCAGGCUCGGAUGUAUAUGGUGGUGACGGUGUGCUUCAGUCUUCCUUUUCUUCCGUGGCCGCCAUUGAGAGAGGAGCGUGGUUCCUGGCGUGCCGUGAAUUUAAAUUAAAAUGGCUUGUGCCCGACCGUUGAUCUCGGUCUACUCCGAGAAAGGAGAGACCUCCGGCAAAAAUGUAGUGAUGCCUGCCGUGUUCAAGGCUCCCAUCCGCCCUGAUGUGGUCAACUUUGUGCACACCAACAUGCGCAAAAACAAGCGCCAGCCCUAUGCUGUCAGUGAACUGGCCGGUCACCAGACCAGUGCUGAGUCCUGGGGAACAGGCAGAGCUGUGGCCCGUAUUCCCAGAGUGCGUGGUGGUGGUACCCACCGCUCUGGCCAGGGUGCCUUCGGAAAUAUGUGUCGUGGUGGCCGCAUGUUUGCCCCCACCAAGACCUGGCGCCGUUGGCACCGCAGGAUCAAUGUUACCCAGAAGCGGUAUGCUAUCUGCUCUGCCCUGGCUGCCUCUGCUCUUCCUGCCCUGGUCUUGGCCAAAGGGCACAGAAUUGAGGAGAUUCCUGAGGUCCCCCUUGUUGUUGAUGACAAAGUUGAGGGAUACAAGAAGACCAAGGAGGCAGUGCUUCUGCUGAAGAAGCUUAAAGCAUGGAAUGACAUCAAGAAGGUAUAUGCUUCUCAGCGCAUGCGAGCCGGCAAGGGUAAAAUGAGAAAUCGCAGACGUAUCCAGCGCAAAGGCCCGUGUAUUAUCUACAACGAGGACAAUGGUGUCACAAGGGCUUUCAGAAAUAUCCCAGGCAUUACACUGCAGCAAGUUGGCAAACUGGACCUCCUGAGACUUGCCCCUGGUGGUCACAUUGGCCGCUUCUGCAUCUGGACAGAGAGCGCUUUCCGCAAGCUGGAUGACCUUUACGGCACCUGGCGCAAGGCUUCCACCCUCAAGGUGGACUACAACCUGCCAAUGCACAAAAUGACCAACACAGAUCUGGGCAGACUCCUGCAGAGUGAGGAAAUCCUGAAAGCACUUCGUGCUCCCAAGAGAAAGAUUCAGCGCAGAGUCCUCAAGAAGAACCCACUCAAGAACUUGAGGAUAAUGAUGAAGCUCAACCCGUACGCCAAGACUGCACGUCGUCGUGCAAUCCUUCAGCACAAGCCUGAGAUCAAGGCUAAGAUGUUGAAGCCCAAAGUGAAGAGGGUUAGGAAGACACAGAAACCAAAAGCUGCUGCUGCUCCUGCUCCCGCAACUAAGUAGACUGCUGUUCGUUAACUAAAAUCUGGCAGUGGUUUCAACCAAUAAACAUCUGAACUCA